GAUUAACUUUCUUUGUGAGUAAGAUCCUGGUGUGGAAGGAGCUGGACUAUGGCUCCAUGGCAGAGAGUGAAAAGCAGAUGCUGGUGUCAGAGGUGAACCUCCUGCGGGAGCUCAAGCACCCGAACAUAGUGAGAUACUACGACCGCAUCAUAGACCGCACCAACACAACGCUGUAUAUUGUCAUGGAGUACUGCGAGGGCGGAGACCUGUCCAGCCUCAUUGAACGCUGCAUCAAGGAAAGGCGUUAUCUGGAGGAGCAGUUCAUCCUGCGAGUCAUGGCACAGCUCACGUUGGCCCUGAAGGAGUGCCACAGACGCAGCGACGGCCGGGCCACCGUUCUUCAUCGAGACCUGAAACCAGCCAACAUCUUCCUCGACAUCAAACAGAACGUUAAGCUCGGAGACUUUGGUCUAGCCAGGAUCCUGAAUCAUGACACCAGUUUUGCAAAGACAUUUGUCGGGACACCGUACUACAUGUCUCCAGAGCAGAUAAACCAGUUGUCGUACAACGAGAAGUCAGAUAUUUGGUCACUGGGAUGUUUGCUGUAUGAACUCUGUGCAUUAUCGCCUCCGUUCACUGCUUACAACCAAAAGGAGCUGGCAGCGAGGAUCCGAGAGGGAAAGUUCAGGAGAAUCCCGUACCGCUACUCUGAGGAACUGAACAGUUUACUCAGCAAAAUGCUCAACUUAAAGGACUACCUGAGGCCCUCGGUGGAGUCCAUUCUCCAGAGCAGCCUGUUGGCGGAUGCGGUUGCUGAGGAGCAGAGGAGGGCCGAGAUGCGGGUCCGGAGGAAGUCGGCGGACUCUGACCGGCCUCUUCCAAAGCCAGCUGAACCAGCUCCCGCCUCUGCUGCUGAGCUCCGGCUCAGGGAACAGGCGAUGAGGGACAGAGAGAAGGCUUUGAAGGAACGUGAAGAGAGGCUGGAGCAAAGAGAGCAGGAGCUGUGUGUUCGUGAGCGGCUGUCAAACGAGAAGCUUUCACGGGCUGAGAGUUUACUGAAGACUUAUAAGCGUCUCCAGCAACAGAGGGACCUGGCACCAUUAUUUGGCAAAGACAUAGAUGAGGAGAGCCUCUCCCCAGGAAAGAAGAAGGUCCACUUUGCUGGUGAGAGCAAAGAGAACAGGCAGCCCCACCGUCGUCAGAGCACGACGUCCCAGGAACUGAUACUGAGGAGGCUGCAUGUGGCAAACCUACGCGGCCUCACGCUGAAUGAAGUGGAGAAAGCCUGUCAGUUCAAGAGCAGAGAGAUCCUCGGCUUCCGCUGAGACCACAUAAAUGUCACUGUUUGUUGUGUGGUGGAAAGCUCUGAGUCAUGAAACUGGAUGUAAAUGAAGAUUUAUUUAAGAUAAUUUAGUUGCUGUGCUGGAAGUAAUGACAACAGUUCAGCAAGGUCAUUCUCAUAUGUGUGCUGUUGUUUUAAGGGGUGUGACAGUUUGAUGUGUUGUUUUAAUCUUUUAGGCAGCUAUAGCGAUUGUGAAAUGUUCUGUAUAUUUUUAAAUAUGUCAGGUUGUCUUUUUGUUGUUACUAUGGAUCUUGGCAGUGAUGUAUAUGAACAACAAUAACUGAACCUGUGAUGAAAUGAACACGUGAACUAUGUAAAAAAAAUGUCCACUA